AUGGUCCCUCCACCUCCAAAAUGGGUCGUCGACCUGAAUAACGGAGUCCCCACAAAGCCGAAGAAUGUUGCCAGCAUCCCAGAUCCCCCGGGCUAUUUAAGCUCAAAGGCACUCACAGGGAAACAGGCACGCUGCGCCCAAGCGACAAACGUUGCAACAGAAACAUUGAAGCUGAAGAAAGCCUGGGAAGUCGCACUCGGCCCCGCCAAACAACUGCCCAUGCAAGCGAUUAUGGGCUACAUGUCCGGGAACUCCCUGCAGAUAUUCUCAAUCAUGAUGGUCUUCAUGCUGUUCAAAAACCCUAUUCAGGCCAUCUCUCAAACAAACACACAAUUCGCAAGGUUCGAGAGCCCUGGCAAUCGCACGCAGAUGCUCGGCGUCAAGGCGUUGUACAUUGUGAUGCAGUGUCUGCUACUUGGCUUGGGCAUCUACAAGGUGAACAGUAUGGGCCUUUUGCCCACCACAAGGAGCGACUGGUUGGCGUGGGAAUACCAGAGGGAACCUCUUGAAAGAGCAUAUUUCGCUUUUGGACGAUGA